GAGUCCAUUGGAGGACAUUUGCUCUGAAAAGAGGGACAGUUAGUACAUGCAGGCAGACACAAUUAAGCAAAAUGACAUUUUGGUGCACAUUUUAGAUGUGUUUCCCCCUUCAUAUCAGGGAGAGCGGUGCCUGAGCACCCCCUAUAGAGAAGCUACCACAGGUUAAUGUGCUACUUAGGCUCCACAGCAUCAACACAACGCAUUGAGCUUCAGGUGGCCAAUCACUGAUCAGAGCCUAGAUCCAAUUAAUAAAACCAAAACUUUAUUCUUAAAUGAAAUGUGAAAACCAAUUAGUAAACACAUUUCCGCAAAUGACUAACAGGAUAUCUUACAGUGAAAGAGUGUAAAAAUUCUAUGUGAUUGAGCUCUGAACUUAAUGAAUGUUGACUUAAUGGGGCUUCUAGAGACAAUUGGUUCGAACAGCUAAACAUUUACCUGGGAUGUCAUAGUCAAUUAUUUACAAAUGCAGCUGUUAAAAGGCUCUGAGACAUAAAAUAAUAAUGUAUUAUUGCUGCUUCUGACUUGCCACAGUAAAUAGUUCCUUGUGCACGUCUUUCCUAAGAAUCAGAUGUCACUUGUUCCUGCACAGCAUGCCAGGGAUUACACUAAUAGGCUUCGGUCGUCUGCCGCGUUGGACAUAUCUUCAGCACGAAUGUAAACCUCAAAUUGAGAAAUUUUUGCAGACUAUGGACAUAAUCUUUUACUUUGUAGUUGUAACUUUGUUUUGCACUCAACCGAAUGAAAGUUAUGGUCACUGUUUACAUGGGUGCAGCUGUGUUGAUGAUCGGCAUGGAAGAUCUCUCAUUUGUAUGGAGGAGAGUGCCUUUGGGUCCAUACCAGACAACCUCUCAGAUGAUUUCAUCAAAAUACGCAUAGAAAAAUCUCACUUCACUGAAAUUCCCAGAGGAGCUUUCUCCAAAACACUGGCAUUAGAGAAUCUGUGGCUGAACUUUAACGACAUCACAGUUAUAAACUCAAAGGGUCUGGAGGGUUUGGGGAACUUGACUGAGCUCCGUUUGCAAGGAAAUAAGCUCCGUUCAGUACCAUGGACAGCGUUCGAGGACACACCAUCUCUAAAGAUCCUGGACCUGAAGCACAACCAACUGGACGUCCUGCCGGAAUAUGCCUUAAAGUUUUUGCCACAUCUGACAUAUUUAGACUUAUCCUUCAACAGGCUUACAGUCAUAUCAAAAGAGGUCUUCCAGAAUUGGCCACUAUACCAAAAACUGCAGACCUUGGAGGAACGGCAGGCCACCUUUUCCGGACCGAACGUCAUCCUGGCGCUGCACGACAACGCCUGGCUGUGCGACUGCCGUCUGAAGGGCUUUGUGGAGUUCAUCAUCUCUCUCAGCCCACCUGUCAUACUGAUGAACUCCUACUUGACCUGCUCAGGGCCGGACUUUAGGACUGGCAAGUUCUUCCAUGAGAUUGAGCUCCAGGCGUGUGUGAAGCCCGUCGUCAGCACUUCCAAUACAAACAUGAGCCUGCCGCUGGGCUCUAACCUCACCCUGCAGUGCCUGGCCAAGGCGAGGCCAGAGCCCUCCGUGUGGUGGGCAUAUGGCCUGAAGAUAAUAAGAGGAUUUCAUGAGUCUCAGGAGAGAGUGGAUGAAGACACCAUCAGAUCCCUCCUGGUGAUCCCCUCCCUCAGUGCGGCCGAUCGCGGCAUCUACACCUGCACUGCAGUGAACUUCAUAGGAAACUCCUCAGUCAGUAUCCAUGUGGACAUCCACUCUGUUGACAGCACCCAGUCAGCCCACCACCCUGGACAACCAGCUGCUCCAGGUGCUAGAGAUGAAAAUGUCUUUAUUGACAUUCGCAUCUCCAAACAAACGGUGCGUGGUAUCUCCAUCGAGUGGUUUGCUGCAUUAGAACACCCCUCUGAAACAUGGUUCACCAUCCACUUUGGUCGAGCAGAUGACGAUAGAAGAGAAACAACCUACAUCGGCCCUGGGAUUCGCACUUAUUCCGUCUCAGAUCUGAUGCCUGCAACCAAAUAUGAAAUCUGUGUAACGCUGAAGAACCAGGCACCACAUCCUGGCCAGUGCAUCAUGUUUGUGACAGGAAGUGAUGUCACUGAGAUGGAGCAGAGGGAGAAACUCAUUCAUAUAGUGGUGAUAGUUUUGGCCAUGGUCCUGGCUGUGCCCAUAGGCAUGUACGUCUGCACAACCGACAUUAAGUUUGCUUGUCUGGAGGUUCUAAUGGAGACCUGGAAGAAGCGUCAGAGAGAAAGCAGCUCGCCUGCGAUGGAGCAUGAACGGCAGGGCACCUUCGACAGCCUGCAGGCCGCCAGCGACGAAGGGUUGGUCAAUAGAGACUCCAGUGAAGACAGGAAGGCCGAGGAGGUUGUUGGAAACAUGUGAAUGGUGACCGUUUUGUCAGCAGUGUAAUUCAUGGAUUUGCAAUGUAGAUACAUUCUUCUGUUUAUGAUUUUCAGUCAAUAGUAAAAAGUAGAUUAAGUUAUUAUGAACCUUGAAAAUGAAGAAGUUUUACUCAUUUUCCUUUUGUUAUUAUUCCUCAAAUGUUCUUAAACAUAUGUUGCUUACUAGAUAAUCAAGAUGAAAAAAAGGUUUUGUUUUUAAAUUGAAUUCUGUUUUCAUGUGUCUCUGUGCAUUUUCAACCUUGACCUAGCUUUCACGCACCAGUGUGUUGAUGUGUUUUUGUUCAAAUAAAGAUAAAUUCAUGAAUAAAGUAUGCAUUAAAUUAUUUUAUUUCAUUAUUUUUUUAUUUUCCUUUGUAUUUGUGUGGUGUUAACAUUUUGAAAACCCUCAAAAUUCUAGAGACUUACAUUGCAUUUAUAAACAAAAAAUGUCAUUGUACUGUGAAUUAACCCGAAUGAUUUGAUAAAUCUCUACAAGACAAAACGUUUUCAUCUCUAUGCCACCAGACAUGUACGUCACUCUCUGCUUUAAAAAUUAUUUUUUUCCUACGUGUGCAACACAGCUACACAUCAAAUCUGAUUUGCUUGGACCAACUGGGACAGAUGGCUCAUCGGAUGUGCAGCAGCCAAUGGCAUUGUUCUUUUGACAUAAUACCCAAACACUGGCAUCCUCUGUAAUAUUCCGUCCUGCUGUCACUUUAUGAUCAGAUCACAAGCGUUCUCCUCCACUGGCGUUUGAAGUCUCUCGUGAUGCAAGGAGAUCAAUUUACGUAUGCUCAUGUUUUCUGUAAGGACAUGGUUU